AUGGCUCCCAAGGUGGAAAAAACCGAUACCUCGUUAACGGAGGCCUUGCACGCCUUGACUGAGUCCUUCAAUACUCAGUUUCAAGAACUGCGAGCUUCUCAGAUAGAGCUCAAGCAAGCCUUGGACACCAAACUUGAUAUUGCCAUAGCUGAUUUCAACAAGAAAGUAGCCUUCCGAGAAAAUCCACCACCGCCUAGCCUUGCUGCAAACACUUAUGAUGGUGUUCUGGGAUCCUUCCCUGGACAAUCCUCUCAAACCACCACAGAUCCCCUUUUUAAACCAAAAACACCAAAAUUUUUCUUGUCCACUUUUGAUGGCACAAAUGUUCAUGCUUGGCUAUUUCAAGCAGAACAAUAUUUCAAGUUCUACUCUAUUACUCAUGCCCAACGAAUUCCGAUGGUCCAUUUCUUCAUGACCGGUGAGGCGGCAGCCUGGUAUCAAUGGAUGUAUAAAAACAAUCAGUUCACGGAUUGGGAAUCAUUCGCACGAGCUAUAGAAAUCCGCUUUGGUCCCUCCAAAUUUCUUAAUCCCCAGUCAGCUUUGUUCAAACUUAGACAAACAGGAACGGUAACCCAGUAUCGUAGGGAAUAUGAGAUUCUCUCCAAUCGAGUCACUGGUCUCUCAGAUGAGCAUCUGCUCAACCUCUUUAUUUCUGGGCUGCGCGCAGAUAUUCAACAGGAAGUCAUCACCUUUAAGCCGGUGACCCUUGCCCACGCUUUUGAGCUGGCCAAACACAUUGAAACUAAGCUUUUUGAGAGUCGUCAAACCCCUUCUCGGGCACCGCCACGAGCCUUUCAGACUCCGGUUCAAAAGCCGACUCCACCAGCUUCAUACCCUAUACGGCGGCUUUCACCCACGGAGAUGCAGGCAAGGCGUUCAAAGGGGCUUUGCUUUAACUGUGAUGAGCAGUUUCAACCUGGGCAUCGGUGUAAAACAACACCGUUCUUACUUCUUCAAAUAGAUGAUGAGUCUCCAGAUCCCUUGAUGAGCUUGGAAGCAUCGGAAGUGACAAAUUGCCCACCCCUUUCUUCAUUACCGCUGCCACCACCUCCGCCGAUGCCAUUAGUUCCAGAAGAGGAGACCCCUGAAUUCCAAGUCUCUCUCUAUGCCCUGCACGGUAUUGCUUCCCAUUCAUGCCUCAAACUUACAGGAAUCAUUCAAGGCCACUCUUUCACCAUCUUAAUCGAUUCGGGAAGCACACACAACCUGGUGCAACCUCGUCUGGUGCGGCAUUUGGGGCUGGCAGUGGAACCUGCUCCGCCGUUAGCUGUCAGGGUUGGAAACGGCGAUGUGCUUCGCUGUGCCGGCAAGAUUUCAGGGCUCAAAGUCGAUCUCCAAAAGUUGGUAUUCUCUUUGGACUUAUUUUUAUUGGAUAUUCAUGGGGCUGAUAUAGUUUUGGGCAUCCAAUGGUUGGCCCAACUUGGCCCAAUCUUUGCAGAUUUUAGUCUCCUACUAAUGUCCUUUAAUUAUCAUGGAACCUGGGUCACUCUUGAGGGUCACCAAAAUACACAACCCGACCCAAUUUCCAACCAUGAGUUGCAAAAAUUAGCCCAUAAGAAUCACCUUGUUUCUGCCCAAUUGCUUACCCUAGUUGAUUCCACAACUAAAUUGCCUCCACCCUCGUUUUCUACAGAGCUCAUUGUACUCAUCAACCAAUAUAGCAAGGUGUUCGAAACUCCAAAGGGCCUUCCUCCUCAAAGACCUCAUGAUCAUCAUAUUCACCUCUUACCUGGCUCUGCGCCUGUAAAUGUUAGGCCCUAUCGAUAUCCACAUCAUCAAAAACAGGAUAUGGAGACUAUGAUUGCAGAAAUGCUUAAGGAAGGUAUUAUUUGCCCCAGUACCAGCCCAUUCUCUUCACCGGUGCUGUUGGUAAGGAAGAAAGAUGGAACCUGGCGCUUUUGCAUUGACUAUAGGGCAUUAAACGCAAUUACUGUCAAAGAUAGGUUCCCAAUUCCCACCAUUGAUGAGUUGCUCGAUGAACUUCAUGGUGCAAAGGUUUUCUCGAAAAUAGACCUAAGGGCUGGGUACCAUCAGAUCAGGGUGGCAGAUUCCGAUAUACACAAGACCGCCUUCCGCACCACUGAUGGUCAUUUUGAAUUUCAAGUCAUGCCUUUCGGCUUGACCAAUGCUCCAUCAACUUUUCAAUCAGCCAUGAAUGAGUUGUUUCGACCCUUUUUGCGCAAAUAUGUGUUGGUUUUCUUCGAUGACAUCUUGGUAUACAGCUCAUCGGUGUCAGAACAUUUGAAGCACCUUCAACAAGUCUUGGAGUUACUGCUUAAGCACCAAUUCUUCGCUAAGCAAUCGAAGUGUUCUUUUAUGCAAUCAUCCAUAGAUUACCUUGGACAUGUUAUCACUAGCGAAGGGGUCCAAGUCGACUCUUCAAAGAUCGAAGCCAUUACAACUUGGCCUCAACCCACCUCUGUAAAAGCUCUACGUGGGUUCCUUGGACUGACUGGGUAUUAUAGAAAAUUUGUGCAGCAUUAUGCAACUAUUGCAGCACCUCUCACUGAUUUACUUAAGGCAAAGGCCUUUCAUUGGAGUCCAGCGGCUACUGAAGCCUUCUUGAACCUCAAAAGGGCAUUGACAACUACUCCAAUUCUAUCCUUUCCUGAUUUCUUAAAGGAUUUUGAGGUCACCACAGAUGCAUCCAUGGUGGCAAUCAGGGCCGUGUUGUCUCAAGAGGGUCGUCCACUAGCCUAUUUCAGCAAAAAGUUAUGUACAAGAAUGCGAAACUCAUCCACCUAUGUAAGGGAAAUGUAUGCAAUUACAGAGGCAGUAAAAAAAUGGAGGCAGUAUCUAUUGGGAAGAGCCUUUGUUAUUUACACUGAUCAGCAGAGUCUUCGAGGUUUAAUGGAGCAGACCAUUCAAACCCCGGAACAACAGAAAUGGUUGGUUAAACUCCUGGGGUUUCAAUACACUAUUCAGUACAAGCCUGGGUCACAAAACAAGGUGGCAGAUGCUCUUUCUCGAUCCUUGGCUGAUGAAGGUACUUGUCUUGCAUUCUCUGUACCAGUCAUGACUUUUCUAGAUGACUUGCGGCUCUAUUAUGGCAAUGAUCCUGAUGGCAAAGCCUUGUUCCAACAAGCUCAAGAUCCUCUAUCGGAAUUCUCCACUAUCAAUGGGCUUCUCAUGAGAAAAGGGCGCAUUGUGAUACCAGAUUCACACCCUUUGCAAAAGACUCUGCUUCAUGAAUUUCACAGUACACUAGUAGGAGGGCAUGCCGGAGUAACCAAGACAUUGGCCAGACUCUCGGCUAAUUUCUGGUGGAAGGGACUGCGCAAGACAGUCAGGGAAUUUGUUGCGGAAUGUCAAGUCUGCCAAGAGGUUAAAUACCUCACUUCAAAGCCUCAAGGGUUGCUAGCACCAUUGCCAAUUCCUUCUCAAGUAUGGCAAGAUCUCGCAAUGGAUUUUAUCACUAAUCUGCCAAGCUCAAAAGGCAAGGAAACCAUUUGGGUGGUUGUGGAUCGCCUGACUAAAUACGCUCAUUUCAUAGCCCUACCUUCUCAUAUUACAGCUCCUGCACUUGCCUCUGUUUUCUCCAAGGAAGUGGGUCGAUUACAUGGCUACCCUCGCAGCAUUGUAAGUGAUCGAGACCCUUUAUUCUUGAACAACUUCUGGAAAGAAUUGUUUCGCCUGCAAGGCACUCAACUUCAGAUGAGCAGCGCUUACCAUCCCCAAACGGACGACCAAUCCGAAGUGCUCAACAGGUGUUUGGAAACCUAUUUGAGGGCUUUCACUUCCGAGAAUCCGAAACAGUGGGCACACAUCCUUCAUUGGGCGGAAUGGUCUUAUAAUACAUCUCUUCAUUCUGCAACUGGCAUGACUCCUUUUGAAGGGCUAUAUGGGCAUCCGCCACCAACGAUCACUUCCUACAUCCCAGGUGAAACUCAAAAUGCUCAAUUGGAUAACAGUGUGAUUGAAAGGCAGACCCUGUUAAAAAGACUCAAAGCUAAUCUAGCUCAAGCCCAGAAUCGAAUGACCAUGCAAGCUGAUAGGAAGAGAAUUGAAAAGCACUUCUUUGAGGGUGAAUGGGUGCUUGUCAAACUUCAACCUUAUAGGAAACGUUCAGUUGCUCAACGCCCUUGUCAGAAGCUGGCAAAAAGCACCUCCCAAACUCAGAAGCUACCUGGGAAUGCGCUGAGGAUUUCAAACAGAGCUACCCAAACUUCAACCUUGAGGACAAGGUUGUCAAAGAAGGAGACAGCAAUGUUACGAGCCCACCUUCUACAGCAAUACAAAUUCCAAGCCCAAGGGUGA